AUGCAGGCCCAGGGGGACGCCGCGCCCGGCGCCGGGCCCCGCGUGUCGGGUCUCCCUCUCCGCCUCCACCUCCCGCGCUCGCCGCCCGAGUCUAUUAUCCUCCCAGUCCACAAUGCCGAACAGUGGUUGGACGAGUGCUUGAAUUCUGUUUUGCAACAGGACUUUGAAGGCACCAUGGAGCUCUCUGUAUUUAAUGAUGCCAGUAAGGACAAGUCUGGGACUAUCAUUGAAAAAUGGAAAGAGAAGCUAGAAGGUUCUGGCAUCCUUGUGGUCAUUGGAGGGCACGAUUCUCCUUCUCCCCGAGGAGUUGGAUAUUCUAAAAAUCAAGCAAUAGCACAGAGCUCAGGGUCUUACCUGUGCUUUUUGGAUUCAGACGACGUGAUGAUGUCUCAGAGGGUGAGGCUGCAACACGAAGCUGCCAUCCAGCACCCGACGAGCAUCAUAGGCUGCCAGGUGAGGAGAGACCCCCCUGAUUCCACUGGACGGUACACACGUUGGAUCAACCAGCUGACGCCCGACCAGCUUCUGACCCAGGUUUUUACCUCAAAUGGCCCAACAGUGAUCAUGCCUACCUGGUUCUGCUCUCGUGCGUGGUUUUCCCACGUGGGCCCUUUUGACGAGGGAGGUCAGGGCGUGCCGGAGGACCUGCUCUUCUUCUACGAACACCUCAGGAAGGGCGGCGGGGUCGUCCGGGUGGACCAGACCCUGCUCCUCUACCGCUACCACCCACAGGCUGCCACACACUCCGUCCUCGAGGCCACGCUCUGGACCCACCGUGUCUGCUUCCUGGAGGAGCGCGCCCUGCCGCGCUGGGCCACCUUCACCAUCUGGAACGCGGGCCGGCAGGGCCGCCAGCUGUAUCGCAGCCUGAGCUCCGCCAGCAGGAGCAAGGUGGUCGCCUUCUGUGACGUGGACCAGAACAAGAUCCAGAAGGGCUUCUACUGCUACGAGGAUUCUCAGGAAAGGCCCAAGCCCCGGGUGCCCAUCCUGCACUUCAGAGCAGCACGGCCACCCUUCGUCAUCUGCGUGAAGCUGGACCUCACGGGGGGCGCGUUCGAGGACAACCUGAGGUCGCUGCACCUGCGGGAGGGCCAGGACUUCCUGCUCUUCAGCUGACGACCCGGCAGCAGCCGCCCGGAACAUACAGACACGAGAUGCUUUAAAUCCAACCACCAGCUCUGCCCUGAUUUACAUGCUACUGUUGUCCAUCUUGAUUGAGCAAUUCUACGUGCUUAAAAUCCACACGAGCCAUCGUUGUUUUGCUUAUGUCGUCACAGUUUAUUGCUCUGUUGAGCAUCUUCCUCGCAUCUGAGAGUAUCCAGCCUCCAUCAUGUUCCUCCUGCUUUUAUACGCUAGAGCAGCGGUUCAGUUUGCCCCCGGGAGACACCUGGCAACGUCUAGAAACAUGUUUGCUGUCACAGCUGGGCAGGGGGUGGCUGGCGCUGAACACGCUGCGACGCACAGGACGGCCUCACAAGGAAGUGAUUUGGCCCCAAAUAUUACAACCCACGUGAGCAAGGCUGAUUUUCCAUAACUCAGUGCGGCCGGGCAGUUCCAGCGAGUGACAGUUACUGCUCUCGGCACGAUGGAGGUCUUACUCUGACAGUGUCACUGUGACGUGUCGAAGGGUGAGCUCUCGUCAUGCUGUUGGGAGCGUCGCAAGUCAGCAGGUGAGGGACGUCUGUGUCCAUGUCCGAGGUGAAGCUCAGUCAUGGUUCUCAUCUAUGAUGUCGGGGCCACAAGGCUGAUCGUUCUGUCCAACAGACUGCCCCUCGUGGGACGUGUGACAACGUGUCCACAAGGGCCGGAUGGCGCCGCACCCCAGCCUGCGAUGGACGGAGGGACCGUGGCACCAGGUUUCCCGUGUUGCCAGCACGUCUGGUUCCCCUCCCUCGGGAACAGGGCAUCUGCCCGGGCAGGCUGAGGCUCAGCUCCCCGGACCGGCUUCAGGAGUGGGUCGGCUGUGGAAGAGACGGGACAAGGUCAGGCUGACGCCCCAUUGAUCUGCAGUCCACGGCGAGGGCUGAGGCUGCGUUUGCGCCAUUGCCCGGGGAGCCCA